AUGUCGGCUCCGUACGCAUCGGCGAUCGUCGUGUCCAUUACCCCCAAGGAGCCUUCGUGCUUUGCAGGUGAGGAACUUCAAUGCACGAUCACGUUCACGAAUACCAACGCGCCACCACGAAGUGAUCCACGUCGUCGCUCGGUGCGAUCGGCCUCUGGGCCACAGCGACGGGGUCUCGUGGCCGUGGGCACAGAUGCGCCGUCGCCGAUCCAGGCUUCUGCGAGUCCUGUGGCACAUCGAAAGCCAAAGACGUUCCCGUACUCGCAUCCGCAUGCGCGCCAAAAAUCUGUCGUCGCGUACCAAGUCGAGGACCUCAGCCGGGCCUUUGGACUUCUACAGUCGGAGGAGGAAGAGGAGCCUAUGUUCCAGCCAUCUCCGCACCCCGACAUGUUUGUAUCACACAAUGAGGCCAUGGAUGCAGCCAUGCGAGACUCGGUCAUGACGUGGGCAGGCGACUCUGUCAGCCCUCUCUUUCCUUCUCGGGACACGCUGCCGGUAGGAUACGAAAAGCUGCUGUGGACGUUUGCGCAGUUCGGCGGCACGAUGGAAUUAGAGCACUCGCUCAUUCGUCCGACUGAUUUUGAUCGGCUGCGUAUGCGACUUGCGCGUGGUGAGCUCCCUCGCAGCGUCCCAUCGUCUCCCGCAUCGUCGAACGGUACGCCACGCACGUUGGGCGGCGGUGAGUUUGGGUAUGAUGCCGAAUAUGAAGCAGAUGGACUUGAGUUUGACAAGGGCCUGUCUCUCGCGAAUCUGCGCGAACGACAUGCACCAGCCAUGGCCACGAUUGCUGCUUUGUUAUUUGGCCGCUCCACGACGCCGCGGUCGCGUCACGUCCGAACAGGAUCCACGCUCUCAGACAUCCAGACGCGCGCUUUAAUGAGCCGCACGUUGCCAACCUACUCGACGCCGCCAUCGAUGCUGGGCAUCGAUAUGGUGCUGGCACCUGGCGAGCAGCGCUCUUUCACCUUUUCACUAAAGUUGCCGGCCGACCUGCCACCUUCAUUUCAUGGGCAUUCGGUGCACUUUGACUACUACCUGACUGUGGGCACAAGUCGGCUGGAUGCGCGGACGGGCACGCAGCCAUCGCGGCUCUUGCAUGUGCCGAUUCGUGUGUACAAUCACGUUGCGCCAGGGGUAGGCGCUCUAGCCCGGUUUGAUUUGCUCAAUCCCAUCGUCACGCCGCACGCGGACGACGGCGCUGUCGUGGCCGAAGCAAGCCGCGUGCCGCACGGAGAUGCCGAGGCAGAACGCGAGCUUACAGCGCAGUGGAUCGAGCAGCUGCUGCAGGACCAUCAGCCAUCGACGGAACGCACAGAUCCCUUGCCGGCACCGACAUGCAUGGACGCCGUACUGGACUUGACGCUGCGAGCAGGCAAAGUGUCGUAUGAUAUUGCUAAAAAUGGCCACGUGGCAGCCGUACUAACGCUCGCACGAGCCAAGUACCGCCUGGGCGACAGUGUCCAAGCCCUGGUGCGAAUGAAUGCGCCUGAUGCGAUGGUCCGUAUUGUGCGAAUCGCAGCGAGUCUCGAGUCGCACGAAGAAAUUGACGCUAGCAUGGCGCUACUUCCAACAGGUCGUAUCCAAAAGGCCACGACGCAGGUGUAUGCCACGCAUCAUGAAAAUACACUGGAUACAAGGCAGACGAGCUUUGCACUUGUCAUUCCGAGCGGUGCCACACCAGAAUUUGUGACCAGUGGUAUCCGUCACGGCUGGUCUUUGCGUCUCUCACUUCUAACGCAGACGUCCCAUCAGGGAGCAGUGGCGGUGCAGCCGCCGCCGCACAUCGAGGCACGUAGCGAGGGGUAUGCUGCGUACCACCACUCGUACCACGGUGCACCAGCCUUGUGUGGACAUAAGGGCCCCAUUUCCACGCGCCUCGAGAUUGUCGAGUGCUCUGUGCCCGUCACAGUCCUUCCCAACCGCUCGAAACGCAGGACGGGACCGGUAGAGUUGUAUGCUUAG